CGCCAAUAUUCCCGCUCUGAUCGUCGCCAGAGGAACCGUCUAAGCUCAAUUCGAACCACACAGAUCGUCGAUACCAGAUUCGAUUGACUUGCCCACCAUGUCGCAAGAUCAGGCCCAAACACAGCCCCCGCUGCCCCCACGCAACGAAUUCAUCCACAACUCUGCUAUUGCCGGAGUCAUCAUCGCACCCCUCGCCAUGCUUCUCCCGCCGCGAAAGGUGGAUUUUCGGUUCAUGAUCCUCGCCGGUGCCUUCUCUAUCGCCUCGAACCAGCUCGCAUACGAGUAUACUGGCUCAUCAAUCUACUCCCGCUUUAGCAACCGCAUGGGCUCACUCGUCGGGACCGAUCUGCCUGAGGGUGCGAAGCGAACACAACAGCUCCUCCGAGAGCACCGCGAGAGAGAAGCGGCAGAGAAGCGCAAGGCUGAACAGGCACAAGAAGAUGAGAAAACGGGCGUGGCUAAGAAGCUCAACGACGUGUGGAUGGGAGGUGAGGACAAGGAUUGGCGGGAGAAGCGGGCAGAGGAGCAUCGACAGAAGUUUGAGGAGGGCAAAGGCAUCGGCGAUAUCAUCAUGGAGCAGGUUGCAGACGUCUGGAGCGGCAACUGGGGCAAGAGUGUCAAGAAGCAGGACGGCGAGGCAAGCGACGACGCCUCGCCAACAGAGAAGAAGUGAUGGCAUGGUGAUUCACGAUUUUGAAGAGGGACGGCAUCGAGAGAUGCCCUGUGUACAAAAGCUACCUGUACUAUAUCACGACAAUGAAGUAAAAAUGGGCGACAAAGGCCAGAUUUUGGCAUACGCGA